AUGAGUAAAUUGUUGCAGGAUACUAUACCUCAAACAUUUUUCGACAAGGUAGCUGAACUCCGUGCGAGGAAUAUCAUCACGCCGAAAUGGCCGAAUUGUCCGACAGCGUCGACGUUUAAGAAUUGCCAAACGCUCUCGACUAAGAUCAAAACGUUGACGACGAGUGACAUGGUGGUGAUUCGGUCUGAGCUUCAAAAAGUGAAUGUCUCGAUGUUUUUGUCUGAGUUUGUGAAGAACAUUUUUCAGCGGAGUUUCAGUGAUUUAAAUGUUGCGUUGAACUACGCUGAGUUGUGUUGUAUAUUGAGUGGGUAUUAUCAGAAGCCGUUUCUCGACAUUUUGUGUGCGCAGUUGACUGAGAGUUAUAAAGGGAACAUUGAGAACUUUUGGUACUUUGUUUUUCUGUGUAUCUUGUUCUUAGUCCAUUUCCCUUAUAAUGAGGGAGUCUUUCAAAGCCAAUUUAAAGAUGGUCUCUUCUUCUAUUUGCAGACCAACUCGAAGGAGAAAGUUGACUUAAACACGAACAUCCGGUUAGACAAUGUUGUGUAUCUCAUGCAACUCCUAGCGUCCUCAUUAACAACUUUAACAGGGAAUUUGCCGUCGCCGAAUUUGGAGGAGUCGCUGAACAAAUUGGAUGUUGCGGACGCGGCAGUGAAAGACGCGAUAGUGACCGUCACGAAGAGACGGGAAGUUUUCACGGAGGUCUUCAAUCACUAUUCGAAGACUCGCGCGACGCCAUAUCUUUCGCUGAAGCGGACGUUUGAGGUGGAGAAUUUAGUGAAGACGUUGACGCAAUAUUUAGGGUUGAGCACGAAGUCGAUGUUUGUCGAGAACACCGCGAAGGCGACGAGUGAGCCGCAGGACCACACGCAGUUGUACGACGACCAACAGACGAUGGAAUUUUACACGUCGACGACGGUGUUUGUCGAAGUGAUGAAAGUACCAGCGCCGUUGAAAGCUACGGAGAACUUGAAAUUGUCAUUUAAGAGACAUGUGCAGAGCUUAGUGAAGACGAUGAAUGAGACGAAUGUGUAUGACUUUGCGAAGGAGUUCUUGAAAUACUUCCGUGGGUUUGUGAAGAUCGAAAGUUACAUCACUCCAUUAGUGCAGAAGAUUCGAGGCCAGAGCGAACUCCCAUUAAUAGCGAAGUACUUAUAUUUAAUAGGACUGAACUUGGGAGAAGUCAAUACGUUCUCCGUCACAGUGUUACGGGAAUUUGAGAGUACGACGGUGUUUCAGACGAAGAGUAUUUUGAUUGUGUUACUGUCGGAGUUCUUCAAAUUUACGUUGGAGAAGAAAUUUGUGUUACGAGCGUUUGACUAUUUACUGGGGAAGAAGUCGAAUUUGAAUAUAGCGAAGCGGCUGAAGCUGAUCUACACUGCGCUGGACUAUUGCUGUCGGCAUUAUGUGAUGUACGUGAAUUACACGGAACAAAUGAAUUUGAAGAAGCAGAUGAAAGAGUUAGCGGAGAAGGCGAAGAGGAAGGAGAAGAAUGACACGGUUCGGUGGAUGAGUCGGAUAGAGGGGUAUAUAACUUCCGAGAACCUUACCAAAGAGGAAAUAGUAUAUACGUCUGACCAAGAAAUGUAUCUUCGAUAUAUCAUAGGAAAGAAAGAGAUGAGUGUAGAGGAGAAAAUUGUGAUGUUGCGGAAGUUUGAUUAUGAAGAUGAUGAGACAGUUCCGAUGGUAGUGAAGUAUUUAUUUGAGAGUUUGACGAAUGGGGUGUUUACUGAUAUUAAAGAGGUAGUGCGGAUGGUAAUAGAAGUGUCGAAGUACCAUUUAAAAGUGUUGAUAUCGUUUGUGGACCAAUUAAUAGAGGUCACGACGUUUGGGUUUCAAAAUUUGAAUAUUUUGACGAAGGCGCAUCGGCUGACAUAUAUUAGUGCAAUAGCGGAGUUAUAUAUGAGGAAUGGGAUACCUGACGAAUUGAUGUUUAAAAUGAUCGAGUUAGUGUAUCAAUUAACAAAGUACUAUGAAGAGAAUCAAACUAUUAGGAAAUAUGGAGUCUCGCCGUACUCUUCGGGGUUCUUUGGGGUUCGACUUCUGAUAGAAAUGCUUCGUGUGAGUGUUGAGAAGUUAUUUGGGAAGCGUCCCGUAGUAGUAGUGAAAACUGUAUUAAACAUCCAAGUGUUAAUGAAUAGGAAUCCAUAUUGCAUUGACUUGGAAUGCACGUUCAAGCCGAUUUUGAAGAUGUUGCAGAUACCCCGAUUUAACACGGCGAUUCAAAUGAAGCACUUCAAUCAACUCAGAAACACAAUAUUUAAGGGGAAAUAUAGUCUGGAGCAGAUCCGAGCACUCAUCGCCACUGCGGAAGAGCGAACGAAGUAUGAAGUGGACGAACGCAAUGGGAAGAACAUCGACUUGUUAAAAGAGAAAGAAGAGGCCCAUCGAAAGCGACUCGAAGAGUUACAGAAACUGCGAGAGGAGGAGGAGAAACUAGAAGAGGAGAAGAUGGAGCGACUCAAGAGGGAAGUCAACUUGGAGGAGUUCGAGAAGGAAAUCGGAGAAGAAAUUAAUGAGAUGGAAACGUUGGUCGAAGGGAAGGUUGUAGCAAAAGAGACAGAAGCAAGUCUCGCUAUGGAUCCACGAAAUCUCAAAAUUCAAGAAAGUGACUGCGGGGACAUCUUUGUCAUGAAAAAGACAGACGGGAGUGUUCUUGUCAUUAAACCAGAAGAGAAGAAGAAAGACAAUGAACAACCAAAGAAGCAGCCAAAGAAGAAGAAGGAGAAGAUCAUCAUCUAA